AUGAUUAUUGAGAUUCCGAGAACCGGCCGGAUUGCUGCUCUUUUGACGGGCCCGAAGGCCCGCUCCACUGCACUUGUCCUUUAUGAUCCCGAGACCCUCAAAGAGGAGAGACGGCUGGAUUUUAAGUACGAGGCCGCCGACCCAGCCACAAUACCAACAUCCACAUACCCAGCUUACAACACCAAACUGGAAAAUGCCUUCCCGGACGAGAAAACGUGCGUUCAUCUGGCCACAUCAGGUGGUUGUGCUCUCUAUAAGGACUAUCUCUAUGUUGCUGCUACCAGGCCUCCACGAGUCCAGGUCUUCCGCUUGAACACUAACGAGGUCCUCUCGAGGAUUGAUUUUAUCAAUGUUGUGAAAUACGGGGAUCUGGGACUCGAUCGACUGUCGUUUGGUGAACCCUUUGGCGUGCAAGUGGACACCUUUGGAAUCCUAGUGGUGUCUGAUUCCAAGGCCGGCUUCUUUCACGUUUAUAAUAUUAACAAGAGGGCGCCAGGGCCCCUGGCGCCCUCAUUGGAGCACGGAUCAACCUGCUUCAUGGGUUCCUGGAAGAUCGACGCCUACCAACCAAUUCGGCCCGGCCACUUUUCUCUCUCUAAAAAUGGAUGCGCUUGUGUAGUAGACAGAUGGAACAAUAAGCUACAUGUGAUAGCAGAUCAGACAGAAUUAAGGUGGUACGACGAUACCUUUGGUAUUGUCGAGGACGUGCCGUUCGAUCGUGUACUUAUCGAUCCCCUGAUGGCCUACAACGGAUUACCUGAACCACCGGGAGCAAAUCCGGAGAAAAUGGGUCUGAGUCGUAGGGUCAGCGCAUUAUCAGAGCCACUGCCUGAGGAAGUACUUUUACCGGAAAGCUGGAUCGCCAGAUACAAACGACCAGGCGUACCCAAGCCAGAGCCGACAAGUAAAUCACCAAAAGACAAAUCAAAGAGUAAAUCGAAGGGCUCCAAAGGAAAGAAAAAGAGUUCAGGAAAGGGAAAAGGAAAGAAGUAA